GAAGUGUGUGCGCCGCGGGCCGCCUUGGUUACCGCGUUCUCCGCCCUUCGCUACGUCAUCGCUCCGAGCCCGCGAUCCGCUGCCCGCUUGGGCGCCGCCCGAGACCGUGGGGCUUCGGUUGCCGCCCCCUCAGGAGCCACCAUGUUGGUGAUACCCCCCGGACUGAGCGAGGAGGAGGAGGCUCUGCAGAAGAAAUUCAACAAACUCAAGAAAAAGAAAAAGGCAUUGCUGGCUCUGAAGAAGCAAAGCAGCAGCAGCACAGCCAGCCAAGGCGGCGUCAAACGCUCACUGUCAGAGCAGCCUGUGGUGGACACAGCCACGGCAACAGAGCAGGCGAAGCAGCUGGUGAAGUCAGGAGCCAUCAGUGCCAUCAAGGCUGAGACCAAGAACUCAGGCUUCAAACGUUCCCGGACCCUAGAGGGGAAGUUAAAGGACCCUGAGAAGGGGCCAGUCCCCACUUUCCAGCCGUUCCAGAGGAGCAUAUCUGCCGAUGAUGACCUGCAGGAGUCGUCUAGACGUCCACAGAGGAAAUCUCUGUAUGAGAGCUUUGUGUCUUCCAGCGAUCGGCUUCGGGAACUGGGGCCAGAUGGAGAAGAGGCGGAGCGCCCGGGGGCUGGUGAUGCCCCCGCUCGAAGCUUCGACUGGGGCUAUGAAGAACGUGGUAGUGCCCGCUCCUCAGGCUCCCCUCCCCGAAGCCGCAGCCGGGACCGCAGCCGCGAGCGGAACCGGGACCGAGACCGGGAACGGGAUCGAGACCGAGAGCGGGACCGCGAGCGAGACAGAGACCGCGAUCGAGACCGGGACCGGGACCGAGACCGGGACCGGGACCGGGACCGAGAGGGCCCUUUCCGCAGGUCGGACUCGUUCCCUGAACGCCGGGCCCCUCGGAAGGGGAACACUCUCUAUGUGUAUGGAGAAGACAUGACGCCCACCCUCCUCCGUGGGGCCUUCUCUCCCUUUGGAAACAUCAUUGACCUCUCCAUGGACCCACCCAGAAACUGUGCCUUCGUCACCUAUGAAAAGAUGGAGUCAGCAGAUCAGGCCGUUGCUGAGCUCAACGGGACCCAAGUGGAGUCCGUACAGCUCAAAGUCAGCAUUGCCCGAAAACAGCCCAUGCUGGACGCUGCCACUGGCAAGUCUGUCUGGGGCUCCCUGGCUGUCCAGAAUAGCCCUAAGGGUUGCCACCGGGACAAGAGGACCCAGAUUGUCUACAGUGAUGACGUCUAUAAGGAAAACCUUGUGGACGGCUUCUAGGGAGUGGAACUGGAUUCCGUGUGCCUCAUCUGGCCCAGCGCUGGUCUCAGUAAAACACUGAGGUGGAAGCUCA